ACACGGGGACUCCCAGGCUUAUGGGCAUGGCCCCGCCCGGGACUGGGCGGUGCCAGAACCCCAAUUUAAAACCUCGCGGGAGACCAGACCCAACAUCUGGGACGCGGCGGCGGCUCCGCGGGGAAACAGCUAGGCUGGCGCAGCGCCGAGGCCGCGGCCCUGGGGGCCCGCAAUCCGCGCCACGGAACCCCCGAGGUAAUGGAUGGAGGGAGGAAAGGUGGGACACGCUCAGCUACUUAAGAGAGGCAAGCCGGGCGCGGGUACUUGGGAGGCUGAAUGCGCAGGAUGGCAAAUUUGAACUCAGCCCAGUCAAUCUGAAGAUUUAGCGAGACUCCGUCUCAAAACCUAAAAGGUAGGGGGAGGUAGCUCAGUGCAAAGUUCUGGGUGCUAUUCCUAGGACUGAAAAUGAACAGUGACAGGCUGGGGUUGGACUCUGCGAAGGACAGAGCCGGAGUACCCUCCUGGGCGCUGAGUGCGAGUGCCGGUCGUUUGCAGGCGGCUCGGGACGGAGGGGGAAUCCUCUUCCCUCUCUCCGUGCUCCUUCUCUGGACUCCUGAGUCCUGGGCGUCGGGGACGGUGGAUCUGGAAUCUGGGUCCCGGGUGUGGAGACCGGUGGGGGCGGACCUCUGGGCCCCGGGUAGGAGGAGCGGGACUGAGGCCUUGGGGGCGUGGUUGUUCCACCUCGGGCCUCCUCGGAUUCGGUCGGGGUCCUGGCUGCUGGGGUCCACGCCGGCCGCGACUCUGCCCCAACCCGGGAUUUCCCCAGGCGCCGAGCUCCCAGACCCCCGGGCUGCGCAGGAAUUCCCCGCGCGCGGGGAUUCCGCGAGCGCCACGCUCCGCCACGCACCAGCCUCGGGCCGCACACCUGCGCCAGGGGGCGGGGCGGUGGAAGAUUCCCUUGCGUAGCGCCGUGACGUCAGCGCGUUGGGCCCGGCGGUUAACCCGUGCUUCCCCGGAACCUGCCCUGCGACGCUGAGCGCUCCGGGUCUGGGCCUCUUGGGUCCUGGGGAAGAGGGUGCUGGGCUCCGGGACCGCUUCGUCUGCAGAGUGCGCUCUAGACCGCUGAGCCUGCAGAGGUUCGGGUGGGCAUGAGUGAGCCGGAAUGAGCGAAGCCACUGCCAGACACAGACUGUGAAGAAACUCCUGGAAGAACAGAGACGUCGCCAGCAGCAGUCGGACACUGAUGGCGGGGCACCGACCCAGUUCUCCCCUUCCUCAGCUCAGUCCUUGACCCCAUCUGUGAAUGAGGCAGAGGCUGGAUCCCCUGGAUACUCGCCUCUAUGCAGAACCCUCCCUACAACAGGCAGGAUCUUGGAGAGUUUCUGGACUUCCCCCAGUCCCCCCACAGCUGGCUCCAUGCUCAGGACCAUCUCUGGAUACAGCCCGAGCUCACAUACUGGCCUUGGGGCCCCAACAGCUGCUGGCUCAGGAUGAGGAGGGAGACACGCUCCUGCACCUGUUUGCAGCUCGAGGAUUGCGCUGGGCAGCUUAUGCAGCAGCCGAGGUACUCCAGAUGUACAGACAUCUGGACAUUCGUGAACACAAGGGGAAGACCCCUCUCCUGGUGGCUGCUGCUGCCAAUCAGCCGCUGAUCGUAGAGGACCUGUUGAACCUGGGUGCAGAGCCUAACGCCACUGACCAUCAGGGACGUUCUGUCUUGCACGUGGCUGCCACCUACGGGCUCCCUGGGGUCCUUUCGGCUGUUUUUAAAGCAGGCGUUCAGGUCAACUUGGAAGCCAGAGACUUUGAAGGCCUCACCCCUCUCCACACAGCCAUCCUGGCCCUCAAUGCUGCUGUGCACCCACCCAGCCUCUGUCCUCGGAUGCUGAGUACCCAAGCUCGAGACAGACUGACCUGUGUCCAGAUGUUGUUGCACAUGGGUGCAGAUCAUACCAGCCAGGAGAUCAAGAGCAACAAGACGGUUCUACAUUUGGCUGUGCAGGCCGCCAACCCUACCCUGGUUCAGUUGCUGCUGGAACUGCCCCGGGGGGACCUACGGACCUUUGUCAACAUGAAGGCCCAUGGGAACACAGCCCUCCACAUGGCAGCAGCCCUGCCCCCUGGACCUCUCCAGGAGGCCAUCGUGCGCCACCUGUUGGCAGCAGGGGCGGAUCCGACGCUUCGCAACCUGGAGAAUGAGCAGCCUAUCCACCUGCUGCGCCCUGGGCCAGGCCCUGAAGGGCUCCGGCAGCUGUUGAAGAGGAGCCGUGUGGCACCCCCAGGCUUGUCCUCUUAGGACUCAAUUCAGACCUGGACUGAUUUUCCAGUCCCCACCGUCCCGUGGGACAGUCAGCGUAUGCUAAUGAUGCAAACCCAUGAUAAUGUAUGUGGAAUGUCUUGCCAUUAGGGUCUUACAUUAAAACCCCAAAAUGGCUGCAGGGGGUGCAUAAUCCCCAAUAUUUGGGGUAGUAUGCUACCCCUCACGCACACAAGGAGCCUUCUUAAUGAUUUCUGUGAAAUCGAGGCCCCUUGAUUGUUUCUGUGAAACACCCCAGACCCCUCUAACUGCCACCCACCACGAUCUUUCAGGAUCCUCUCCCAGCUCAGCCCCCUGUACCCAGAACACAGAUGUCAUCGCCUUUGAGGUAUUCAGGAUGUCCCAGUACCUUCCCAGCAGGCCUCCUCAGAUGGCCCCAAGGAGCCAUACCCCUGAGAUCUAGGAAAGGCCUUCUGGGACUCUUGUGACCUGGUUCCUACUGCUUUCUGACUCAGAAUUUGGCAGAGUCCCUGUCCCAGACCUCCACAGUCCUAGUGAAUCCCUCCCCUAAUUUGAGUGUUUCUAAACUUUCUUAUUAAACGCAAUCAAACUAGAA